AUGCAGCAGAACUCGAGCGAGACCGACCAGAGGAGCGGUAAGCGCACAUCGAUCGGCAAGAGGAAGCUUCCUGAGCAGGGAGAGCAAACGCCGCCGCAGACGCAAAAGACCAUCUCUCAGCUCCUCUCCCAUAAUUCGCGCGACCACUUAUCUCCGGGCGCCUCUCCCUCUACGAAACGCUCCCGUCUAUCUCACUCCCCCUCCCGUCCGGCAUCAGGGCGCCCGGCCUCGCCGAACAAGAUGUACAACUUCUCCGGCUCACCACCCAAGAAUGGCGCCGCUUUUCUUCGAGCGAACCCGGGCGCGAGUAAUGUCCCUCCCGUCAAGGCGCAAGCAUUCACCGCGAACAACCGCCAGAAUGCCUUUAGUCCUCAUGGCGGGGCCAAGAAGCUGGUUGUUAAGAACCUUCGGACCGGGUCUCGGGCCAACCAUGAGCCUUAUUUCACCAAGACAUGGGCCCAGCUCAACACGGCAUUAGCGGCGAUCUUCGAAGGCAGGAAACCUGAGGUAUCUCUGGAGGAGCUUUACAAGGGUGCGGAGAAUAUUUGCCGACACGAACGGGCGUCCUUGCUGGCCAAGAAGGUCCAUGACAAAUGCAAAGAAUAUGUGGCUGGGAAACUACGGGAUAACCUGGUAUCCAGAGCAGGUGGUGGAACUGAUGUCGAUACAUUGCGGGCAGUGAUUGAGGCAUGGUCGGCAUGGCAUUCAAGACUCAUUACUGUCCGAUGGAUCUUCUAUUACCUUGACCAGUCAUUCCUUUUACACUCCAAGGAGUUCCCGGUGAUACAGGAGAUGGGACAUAUCUUAUUUCGCUCUCAUAUUUUUACCGAUCCAAGCCUCAAGCCCAAGAUCUCACAAGGCGCCUGUGACCUCAUUGCGGCUGACAGGGGCACAGAAACCACCGUUCUACCGGAUCCCACCCUUCUCCGGGCUGCCGUCGAACUUUUUCACAAUCUCGAUGUCUACAGCAGCGAAUUCGAGCCUUUGUUCAUCAAUGAGACAGAAAAGUUCGUCGCAUCGUGGGCUCAACGGGAAGCGGGAGGGUAUUUGGCCUCUUAUGUUGAUAAUAGUCAUCGUUUGAUCGAACGGGAAGUGGAACGGUGUGAGCUGUUCUCUCUCAACCGAAGUACGAAACAGAAAUUGUCCGAACUACUCGACGAGAUAUUGGUCCUCAGGCAUGAAGAUAUCCUCCUUGGCCAGACGGAGAUCCUCGGCCUACUGCGAUCGAGCAAUAGAAAAGCUCUCAAACAAUUAUACAGCCUUCUUAACCGAGAAGGUCUUGCCAACAAGCUCAAACCAGCCUUCAGCGCAUACAUAAUCGAAGAAGGAUCAAGUAUUGUGUUCGAUGAAGGCAAGGAGGCCGAGAUGGUGACUCGUUUAUUGCAAUUCAAGCAAGAACUCGACGAGACCUGGAUCAAGUCUUUUGAUCGAACCACUGAGUUAGGAGACACCUUGCGAGAAGCCUUCGGCAAGUUCAUGAAUAUGAGUAAGCCAAGCGAUGCCACAGGUGGUACGGACAACCCGAAAACGGGGGAGAUGAUCGCGAAGCAUGUCGAUCGUUUGCUGAAGGGCGGUUGGAAAUUACCAUCCGGUCAACAAGGCGCAACAAUGGCAGACGAAGAUGCGGAGAUUGAUCGACAGCUUGACCAGGCACUGGACCUCUUCCGGUUUGUGCAGGGUAAGGCCGUUUUCGAGGCAUUCUAUAAGAAUGAUCUCGCCCGUCGUCUUCUUAUGGGACGCAGUGCCAGUAAUGAGGCUGAGAAGAGCAUGCUUGUUCGGUUGAAGAAAGAAUGUGGACCCAAUUUUACGCACAACCUUGAGUCCAUGUUUAAAGAUAUGGAGGUGGCGCGCGAUGAGAUGGCUGCUUACAAGAAUCUGCAACGAGAGCUUCCUCGUAAAAAUCGCGCCCCCAUCGAUCUUGAUGUUAGUGUACUCUCAGCUGCCUCGUGGCCGACAUACUCCGAUGUCCCAGUCCGGAUCCCGCCCAGUGUUGCGACAUCCAUCAGCAACUUCGAAAGCUUUUAUCACAAUAAGCACACAGGUCGCAAGUUGACCUGGAAGCACCAGCUUGCUCACUGUCAAUUACGGGCACAUUUCCCCAAAGGAGUGAAGGAACUGGUAGUCAGCUCAUUCCAAGCGAUCGUACUGAUCUUGUUCAAUGACGUCACCGACGGUGAAACAUUGAACUAUGCAGCCAUCCAGGAAGCGACUGGACUUUCGGACCCGGAACUAAAGCGAACGCUACAAUCACUUGCUUGUGCCAAAUAUCGCGUCCUUGUCAAGAAUCCGAAGGGCAAGGAUGUGAACAAGACGGAUGAGUUCUCGUACAACACAGGAUUCAGCGACCCCAAGAUGCGGAUCAAGAUCAACCAAAUCCAGCUCAAGGAAACCAAGGAGGAGAACAAAUCCACACACGAGCGCGUGGCGGCGGAUCGACACUUCGAGACUCAGGCCGCCAUUGUGCGGAUUAUGAAGAGCCGCAAGACGAUCAAGCAUCAAGAAUUGAUUGUGGAGGUGACGGAGGCUACCCGCAGCCGAGGCAUGCUACAACCGGCUGAGAUCAAAACCAACAUUGAGAAGUUGAUCGAGAAGGACUACAUUGAACGAAGCGAUAACAACACCUACGUCUAUCUCGCAUAG